AUGUCAUUCAUCCCCGCUGCGACCCCCGCUCAACACAACCACUCCCUUCCUUCUGAUCUCUGUACUGCGGGUGCAUUCUACAAAUUCAUUAAUAUUCUUCAACUACUUAUCUUCAUCAAGCGCAUCGUUGGCACUACACCCAACUGCGAGCCAACCCCUCCACCACGAAUGGACAAAGGCAAAGAGAAGGAAGUUGUUGCUGUCGAGGUUAAAAACCCUCUCUCUAAUCUUGUCCUCAAACCUCGGCCCAGACCCAUUUCACAGAAACCCCCUCCACCUUCUAUUGUUUCCUCAAGUUUAGGAUCCAACCCUGCUGUAGUGCCGCCCUCCACCAACAUCACGCCAAUCUCCAGGCCAGAGAUCUCAUCGAGUUCCGAUUCAGCUUCCCUUGCUGUAAAAAUGGAACUCAUUGGAGUGACCCAUGCUGAACAAACGAAACCCAUGAUCAACUCAAAGCCUGAUGCCAUCAAGAAGCAACAGCCGAGUACCAAGCCAAUGCGCGUGAGCCCCAAGAUCACGGCGCGGAAUCUUUGCGCCCUCGAGUGGCAAUCGAACGGCAAUCAAAAGGAACCAGCGAGCGUCUUCGCGACUUACUGGAAUGGGUUGUCUACUGCCGACAAAGAGUUAUACAAACGCAAAGUAUCUGUUCAGGUGGCUUCCUUGGGACUGGUUCAAGUGGACGACAACCACGAUGACUAG